AUGGUCGCAGCCCGCCGCCGGCUCGCAGCAAAAUCAGCAGCAGCCGUGAGUCGGUGGUGCCGGCGGCGGCACAGACGGAUACUGGAGUGGACGGUGGUCGCCGAGCUGGCGCCGGUGAGUCAGGUCCCGGAGCCGCCGUCGCCUCGCGUCCCCUUCACGAUUUCGAAUGAGCAACGGUCGCCGCACGCGCCCGCCACCGCCGGAAGCGGUCGAGCCGCCGCCACCAUCACCAAUCACAAACCGCAAACCCCGGACAACCGCAGGCCCCGCCCCACGGCGUCACUCACACCGCAGGCCCCGCCCCACGGCGUCACUCACACCGCAGGCCCCGCCCCACAGCGUCACUCACACCGCAGGCCCCGCCCCACAGCGCCACUCACACCGCAGGCCCCGCCCCACAGCUCCCCUCACACCGCAGGCCCCGCCCCACAGCGUCAUUCACACCGCAGGCCCCGCCCCACAGCGCCCCUCACACCGCAGGCCCCGCCCCACGCCGUCACUCACACCGCAGGCCCCGCCCCACAGCUCCCCUCACACCGCAGGCCCCGCCCCACAGCUCCCCUCACACCGCAGGCCCCGCCCCACAGCUCCCCUCACACCGCAGGCCCCGCCCCACAGCUCCCCUCACACCGCAGGCCCCGCCCCACAGCUCCCCUCACACCGCAGGCCCCGCCCCACAGCGUCAUUCACACCGCAGGCCCCGCCCCACGGCGCCACUCACACCGCAGGCCCCGCCCCACAGCGUCACUCACACUGCAGGCCCCGCCCCACGGCGCCACUCACACCGCAGGCCCCGCCCCAACGUCACUCACACCACAGGCCCCGCCCCCAUCAACGUCACUCAAACUGCGGGCCCCGCCCCCAGCAACCGCACCCACCUCAGGCCCCGCCUCAUCAACGUCACUCACAUCGCAGGCCCCGCCUCCACCCGCAAACCUCCGCCCGCCAGCGUCCUUCACUCAAACACAAUAG